AAAAGAAAAAGAAAAAGAAAGGGAUGAUGGUGCAGCAGCGGAGCAAUUUGACCUCCCACCGGAGGAGGAGUGGCGUUGACAGAAGGAUGGUCCGGCAGAUAGAGGCGGCAGCAUGCUGAGCGCAGCCGCCGCACAAUGCCACAUACAAACUUACCCGAGCAGUGGAAGUAGACUUCUUCACCUUCAUGCCACCGCAGGGGUGACAACUGGAGCCAAACACAGAGCCAGAGAUAAUCAAUACAGCGGUCAAACAUCAGCAGCCGCUCCGGUGAUCCGCUCUGCUCAGCACUUUCAGUAAGGAGAUUUAUCACACGCAACCUGACGAGAUGAGCGGAAACAAGAAGAUGGAGGACGAGGCGGUGCUGGACCGGGGGGCGUCCUUACUCAAGCACAUCUGCGACGAGGAGGAGGUAGAGGGUCACCACACCAUUUACAUCGGCGUGCGCGUGCCCAAGAGCUAUCGACGUCGGAGGCGUCACCGUCGGAGAACCGGUGGCCACAAGGACAGAAAGGAGAGGUUGACGGAGAGCACCUCUGACAAGUCGGACACAGAAAACAACGAUGAGGCCAGCAACAGCAUCCUCAAACCUCUCAUCUCACCGGCAGCCGAGAGGAUCCGCUUCAUCCUCGGAGAGGAGGAUGACGGCCCGGCACCCCCACAACUCUUCACUGAGCUGGAUGAGCUGCUGUCGGUGGACGGACAGGAGAUGGAGUGGAAGGAGACGGCCAGGUGGAUCAAGUUUGAGGAGAAGGUGGAGAAAGGUGGUGAGCGGUGGAGUAAACCCCAUGUGGCGACGCUGUCCCUACACAGCCUCUUUGAGCUGCGGACGUGCAUAGAGAAAGGCACCAUCAUGCUGGAUAUGGAGGCUUCCACUCUGCCUCAGGUUGUUGAGCUGAUCACUGACAACCAGAUAGAGAUCGGGCAGCUGAAGGCCGACCUUAAGGACAAGGUGAUGUACACGUUGCUACGGAAACAUCGCCACCAGACCAAGAAGUCCAACCUGCGCUCUCUGGCUGACAUCGGCAAGACAGUCUCCAGUGCAAGUAGGCUGUUUUCCAACCAGGAAAACGAUAGUCCCACCACAACUCACCGGAACCUGACGUCCAGCAGCCUGAACGACAUCUCUGACAAACCGGAAAAAGAUCAGCUGAGGAACAAGUUCAUGAAGAAGUUGCCGAGAGACGCAGAGGCCUCCAACGUGCUGGUGGGGGAGGUGGACUUCCUGGAUGCGCCGUUUGUGGCGUUUGUUCGUCUGCAGCAAGCUGUGAUGCUGGGAGCCUUAACGGAGGUUCCUGUUCCCACAAGGUUUUUAUUCAUCCUGCUCGGACCCAAAGGCAAAGCCAAGUCAUACCAUGAGAUCGGCAGAGCGAUCGCCACGCUGAUGUCAGACGAGGUCUUCCAUGACAUUGCGUACAAGGCCAAGGACAGACAAGACCUGUUGGCCGGUAUCGACGAGUUCCUGGACGAGGUGAUUGUGCUUCCUCCAGGAGAAUGGGACCCGACCAUCAGGAUAGAGCCUCCAAAGUCCCUGCCCUCCUCUGACAAAAGGAAAAACAUGUAUGCAGGAGGCGACUCUCAGAUGAACGGAGACAUGCCUCAUGAUGGGGGUCACGGAGGAGGGGGACACGCUGUAGGAGACGAGCUGAAGAAGACUGGAAAGUUUUGUGGGGGUCUCAUACUUGACAUCAAAAGAAAAUUGCCUUUCUUCGUCAGUGACUUCACCGAUGCAUUGCACAUUCAGGCCCUGUCGGCCAUUUUGUUUAUUUACCUGGGAACUGUGACAAACGCCAUCACCUUUGGUGGUCUGCUGGGGGAUGCUACAGAAAACAUGCAGGGUGUGUUGGAGAGUUUUCUGGGCACAGCGAUCGCUGGCGGGGUCUUCUGUCUGCUGGCCGGCCAGCCUCUCACCAUCCUCAGCAGCACCGGUCCCGUUCUGGUGUUCGAACGACUGCUCUUCAACUUCAGCAGAGACAACGACUUUGACUACCUGGAGUUCCGGCUGUGGAUCGGUCUGUGGUCGGCGUUCUUCUGCCUGGUGCUCGUGGCCACUGACGCCAGCUUCCUGGUUCAGUACUUCACCCGGUUCACCGAGGAGGGCUUCUCCUGCCUCAUCAGCUUCAUCUUCAUCUACGAUGCCUUCAAGAAGAUGCUCAAGCUCGCUCACCACUACCCCAUCAACUCCGACUUUAAGAUGGACUACAUCACGCAAUACGACUGCCUCUGUAUGGCUCCUGCUGUUCUAGAGAACAGCACAGACAUCAUUAGUGAUCCUUUAGAAGGGACUUCAGUCUGGUACUGGAACAACACUGACCUGCCCAUGAACGCCACGUGGUCGUCCCUCUCAAGGAUGGAGUGCUUGAAGUACAAGGGGGAGCUGGUGGGGAAGGCCUGCGACUUUGUCCCGGACAUCACCCUCAUGUCCUUCAUCCUGUUCUUCGGCACCUACACCUGCUCCAUGGCUCUGAAGAAGUUCAAGACCAGCCCGUUCUUCCCCACCACUGUGAGGAAACUCAUCAGUGACUUUGCCAUCAUCCUGGCCAUCCUCAUCUUCUGUGGCGUCGACAUGCUCGUAGGAGUCGAUACUCCUAAACUCAUUGUGCCAAGUGAAUUCAAGCCAACAAGUCCCCACCGGGGCUGGUUUGUGCCCCCGUUUGGAGGAAACCCCUGGUGGGUUUACCUGGCGUCGGCUCUUCCUGCCCUGCUGGUCACCAUCCUGAUCUUCAUGGACCAACAGAUUACUGCCGUGAUCGUCAACAGGAAGGAGCACAAGCUGAAGAAAGGGGCAGGUUACCAUCUGGAUCUGUUCUGGGUGGCGGUUCUGCUGGUGGUCUGCUCCUUCAUGGGUCUGCCGUGGUAUGUGGCCGCCACCGUCAUCUCCAUCGCUCACAUCGACAGUCUGAAGAUGGAGACGGAAACGUCGGCUCCCGGAGAGCAGCCGAAGUUCCUGGGUGUGAGAGAGCAGAGGGUGACUGGUGUAUGUGUGUUCAUCCUCACAGGACUGUCUGUAUUCAUGUCUCCUAUUUUAAAGUUCAUCCCCAUGCCCGUAUUGUAUGGAGUCUUCCUGUACAUGGGAGUUGCCUCUCUAAAUGGAGUGCAGUUCAUGGAUCGUCUCAAGCUGCUUCUGAUGCCGGCGAAACACCAGCCGGACCUGAUUUACCUGCGACACGUUCCCCUCAGGAAGGUCCACCUCUUCACCUUCUUUCAGAUCGUCUGCUUGGCUCUGCUCUGGAUCCUCAAGUCCACUGUGGCCGCCAUCAUAUUCCCUGUCAUGAUCCUUGCUCUGGUCGCCGUUAGAAAAGCGAUGGACUACAUUUUCUCCCAGCACGACCUCAGCUUCCUGGACGAUGUCAUCCCGGAGAAGGACAAGAAGAAGAAGGAGGACGAGAAGAAGAAGAAGAAACGGGGCAGCAUAGACAGCGACGCUGAAGACUCUGACUAUCCUUACAAUGAGAAUGUUCCCAGCAUUAAAAUCCCCAUGGACAUGAUGGAGCAGGAGCCCUUCUUAGGUGAUAAGGCCUCUGACAGAGAUAAGCCCCCAUCAUUCCUUGAACGACACACAUCGUGCUGAGCAGCUUCGCUACUACCAGGCCAACUACUUGUCCAGUCCUGAGAUGAGUCCGCUGAAGUCUGUGCCUCAGAUUAGAAUAGACAUGGACCCAGACGAUGAUAAUUCAUUCUACUGGAGGAGCAGAGGAUCUGAGACGUCUCUGUAGAGCGACUGAACGACUGCCGGGCGAAUCCUGCAGCUCUCUCUGUCUCUGUCUUUUUCUUUUUCUUUCUCUGACUUUAAAAUUAUUCUUUUUAAUUCUAAAUCUCCUCUGUGAUUUCAAGCGUUACAGAAAAAAAGGGAACACACUAAAAAAAAAAUAAAUAAAUAAAUAAAAAAACACAGUAGAUACAGUAAAGAAAAACAUUUUUAUUUCUAUUAAUGAAGCAGUUUUGAACCAUUUCUUUCCUCACUGGUAUUUCACAGCUCCACCGUCUUUGUGUUCGACUUAACUCCUUAACUACUCUUCUAUGCAACUCCUCCCACACAUCGCUGAUCGACAGUAAAUGCUGCAGCUCUCUGACCACGCAUGGAGUGCCCUCCCUGCUCUUUUUAUAUAUAAAUAUAUAUAAAUAUCAUCUGUCUGAAUUUUUAUAUAAAUUGAAUUACUCUAAUAACGUUUUCCUGUAGCAGGAAAGUUAUGUUUUUAUAGCUCUACCUCUUGUUUUAGAUUCAGUGCUUAUUAUGAUCAAACGCAUCAUGUUGAUUUUUGACGCAGCAUGGGGGUUUUGAUAUUUUCUCUCUGUCCUCUUGCAGAGUUGAAAUGAUUCAAGAGAUUCACUGUAUUAUAGCUUGUGAAGGAAAUGUGUGCAAAAUAGAUAUUUUAAGUUAAUUAACAGUUAAUUAACAAUGCAUAUUUGUAUGUGCAGAUGAGAUAAAUAUUUUUAUCAUCACUUUUUGAUGCAGUUUUGAUUGUUUCACCUUCUCUUUCUAAUUUUCUGAACCUUUUUCUUUCACGUCAAAGCUUUUGUUACUUGUUUAAAUUAAAUCAAACGUCUUUUUCUUUUUUUUAAUCAUUAUGUCGUGUGUACGUUGGUAACCUUUUCUUACGUUGUUUUUUUUUCUUUGUGGGUAGGAAACAGUUCAGAGAUACAUAAUCAUCCGAUUUUCCACAGCCAAACUAACUAGGAGUGCAUAUCAUAUAACUGCUUGUGCUUUACCUAAGUGGCUUAUAAGAGAUUGAUCCAGGCUGAAAUUCUCUACGACGCGACAAGGGAUGAUGAGAAGGGAAUCAAGUCCAUGUAAGCUCCAUGCAGUGCGACGGGUUUAUUUCUGUUGGAAUUAUCUGAUGUGAAAAUUGAAACAUGUUUCUUUUUGUUCUGUAUAUUAAAAAAAACAUCUGUCGUCACAAAAUACUCACAUGCCUGUAUGAACACUGAGGCUGUUCGCUGUAAUUAUUCCUCCUGACAAAGCAAAGCCCUCUGUGGUGCGACUCCUCUGUCAGAGACGAGGGAUGGACUUCACAUUAGAGACAGAACCAUCAGCUGAGUGUGUGUGUGUGUGUCAGAUGAUAUGAUGACAGGAGUUUGCAGAUCAGAAAUCAGAUUUGAUCAGAUUCAUUUAUUUGUUGUUUUUGUGUAGAUACAAAAAAACAAAAUGUUUCUCUUUUUAAAGAAACACCUGGCAAGUUAAAAAGACUUUCAGUGCAACAUAAAAAUAUUAAAUCAAUAGUCACAGGAUAAAAACUCAAGACAAGCUAAAUGCUAAACUGUAUCUGAGGUCAUUAAAAAACACAGCCUCUGUUCAUAAUUUGUCUCCCAGAGAGCAAAGAGCAGAGAGCUGUUACUGUCCUGCUUGGUGUGUAUCUUUGUCACAAUUUACAAAUCCCUAUGACUUCCUAUCAAUAUAUGGUUAUAUUGAUAUUUUGGAUUUGAAGUGUAGGCUUCAGAAACCCUGUAUCCAGCUGUAACCAACAGCUUGUUCUGUGCAACAAAGCAUUUUAAAGUUCAAAGCUAAUGCGAGCGUUCAGCCACUGUAACUCAUCCGGUCUGGCAUGUUAUUAUCAAAUGAUCCAGCUGACUUUGUUCUUAUUUUGAUUUGUUAGUCCUGGAUACACUUGAACAACAGAGCGCUCUUAUUUUGAAAAGACAACACGAUUAGACGCUGACACAGCUACAGUUUGCUCAUAGUUUCCCAAACCAAACUGAAUCAAAAUGAAUAAAAUUAAAUUGCAAUAAUCCAGGAACAGAUGCUGAUGAUUGAUAUUGAAAAUCCUGUCAAACAAAAGUAUCACUUGUACAUUAAACUUAAUGUUUUAAGUCUUAAACUGUAAAUAAACCUGCACUCCUGAGGCCUUGUUGCUAUGACAACAGCUCCAUCAACAGCUGAUCAGGCUGCAUUUUUACUCCCUCGUCUUUUACAGUGUUGUCGCACCAGGAGGUUGUGGUUUCAUGGCCAGUAUGAACAGGAGGGAUGACAACAGUGAUUUAGACUUUUUCAACGUGUACACAAUGUGACGAAAAGCAUAAAACAAAACAUCCACAGUUGUUCUGGGGACAAAAGCUUGACUUUUAUUGGCCAGUAUUACCUUCAGGAGCACUGUUCAUCAUUGCAGUAUCCCCUCUGUAUCUCUAAAAGGCACACUGAAGCACUUUCUCACUUUGAUUUUUUUUUCUUUAGGGUCUAAGUGGGUCACAGAUUUGAUUUGAAACUGGAAGUCCUCACUGUCCUCAGCACCACUGCUUAGAAAAUUAAAGAAUUAAACUGUGUGAUAACCGAGCCGCCUUCUUCCUCUGUAAAUCGUGUACAUGUCGGCUCCAACCAAAACACAACAAAAGUUACUUUGCACCAUCCGCCGAAUCGAUGUGUUUUGAUUUGUUUUCUCGUCCGUCUUGUUUCAGUUUCAUCAGCCGAAGUAAACAAUGUAAUUUAUUACUCCACAUCAGUGUUGUUAGACGUCAACAGCCGGAAAAAAAAGUUAGAAACAAGUGUGACUUAACGUCUGGGACAUAUUCUGUGGGGAGUUGUUAGUUUUAAAGUGUGUCAUAUACUGUGUCAGCAUGUCAGACAAAAAAAUCUGCAACAUGAAAUCAAAAACUUGUUAAUGAUGUUAAUUUUAGCAUAUGAAAUACUGAUACUUUUUUUUUUGGAUUAACUUUUUGUGACUUUUUAGAACAGGUGAAAUUGUUUAUUUUAGAAUUUAUAUUUUUCAAAUGAAAUGUAUAUUGAAAAUAAACAGAAAUAUCAGACAGUAA